UGUGGGUAGGUCAGGCGCCAUGUGCUUUUGAGGCAGAGGGGCUGGAAGGAGACCUGUCUGCGACAAACUUGGCUUGUUUUUAGAGGGACACUGGGACAAAAGGCUCCACUUCGCGUUAGGCAUGUACUGCACCAGACGCUGCCUCCGGACCGCGCUGCGGGCUGCGGCGGUCACACACCGGCAACAGCUUCAGCGGCAGACGCCGGCCCUGUGUGCUCUCCGACUUCUGAAGACCAGUCCAGCCACCCACUCAGAUGCCAUUGCCACCCCUCCUUUAGAUGGAGCACCCAAACAGUAUUCUCCCAAAGUCCAACAGCUUGUUAAUGACAUUGCCAGCCUCACUUUGUUAGAGGUGUCAGACCUCAAUGAGCUCCUCAAGAAAACUCUGAAUAUUCAGGAUGUUGGAAUGAUGCCGAUGGGGGCGAUGGCUGCAUCAGCUGUACCUGCAGCUCAGGCCGCAGAGGAAGAGGAGGCACCAGUAAAGAAAGAGCAGACUCACUUCACAGUCAAAUUGACAGAAUUAAAGGCAGCUGAAAAAGUCAAACUUAUAAAGGAAGUGAAGAACUGCAUCCAAGGAUUGAAUCUGGUGCAGGCUAAGAAGCUAGUGGAGUCUCUUCCUCAGGAAAUCCGGGCCAAUGUAUCCAAAGAGGAGGCAGAGAAACUGAAAGCGGCCCUGGAGGCAGCAGGCGGGACCGUGGUGUUAGAGUAGAUCUCUGUGCUCACCUGCCCACCUGUUCUCCACCAUUUUGCUGCUCAUGCACUUCGUCCUUCAUUCUAUUUUUUUUCUUUUUUUUUUUUUUUUACACAACAAAGAAGACAGGAUCCCAGGAGAAAAAGAAACAAAGAAAUGCCUUCUGACAUUAAUACUGUCUCUUAACAGUGUCAGGUGGGGCGGCAACUCAGACUGAACUUUCCAGGCACAAAGCCUGCACAAACGGCCGCCCUGCUGUUUGCUUGUCAGUGUGUCUGCUCAUGUGUCUGUCUGAUACUGGCCUGAAAUACUGGCCUGUGUGCCCAGUAAGUCAGUUGAUCAUUCUGUGGGCGUGUGUUAAACUUUUCACAGAAGGAAAGAUUAUGCUGUAGGGACAUGGUUACCAUUCCCUAUGUUGAACAACACCAGAUACUGUAUCUAGGUCAGGGGAUGGCAGGACUGAGUCCUUAUGUUGCUCAUAGACUUGUUAAUAAUGUGAUUAAAGUUGAAAUCUCCAUAUUUAUCUUCUCUUAUGUGUUCUUAUAUUGAUCUUGUGGUUGAUUUAGUGCAAAAUGAUGGAUAUGACAACUUUAAAACUGAUAAGAAUGAAACUGAAAGAUUCAUUUAAUGUGUGUUGUGUUGCUUUAAAUACAUUUGUAUAUUGUAAUUGCUUAAGGAAGAGGUGAAUGUUCUUAUCUGCAGUAGACUGCAUCCUGUUUCACUGCUGCUCACCACUAGAGUUCAUAAUAUCUCAGUGGUUGUUUGAACCACAUUUUAAUGAUUGAUUUUCAACAUCUACAGGUGAAAAUGUCCACAUGAGUCCCUCACAAUAAAGUGGGCCUUUUUUCAUAAAGGAAGAGCACAGGUGUUAUUAACUGGCUCCGCAUUGCUAAGUGUCCUGGUCAGUCAGUCAGUGUGACAGUGAGUCAGCAUUCACAAUACCAGAGUCCGGAAACCUAAGCUGCUAAAACGGAAUUCAGCCAUUAUUUAUUUUAUUGUUUACACCAGUGCUUUCCCUGCUGUGACUUGUAAAAAGGUCAUCUGUGAAAGAAAGGACUACUAGUCAUCACUAGAUGGAAAAAAAAAACUGAAAACACCUGUAUGGCUCCUUUAUGUUGGGUUAAUGGGACAUGAGCAUUUUUCCAACACACUUGUAGGAGGUAUAAUUUUCAUGUUACUGCUCGUGUUUUGUAAAAAAUUUAAACAGAUGCUGGAUGUAUUUUGUGAUGAACUCUGUGUACCUUUUGACGUGAUGAUACCACUAGGUGGUGUCUGGAGUCUGUGUUUAAGCCUGUUUUUGACACUUGGUUGAAGUUUGCCUUGAACAAGAUAACAGAUGCGAUUGAAAUGUUGAGAUAAAAUCUUAGUGAUGUGUUACCAUCCCAUCAAAAUAAUCGACCUAAUCGAGGACCUAAUUCUUGGCAUGUGUUUGAUAACUGUAUAUUUUCAGUGCUGUUUCAGAAAUUCAGGAGAUCACAGGGUAAAUCUAUGGCCUAAGGCAUAUUUAAU